AUGUCCAGAUCCUCAACUAGACCCAACAGUGCCUACCCUUCACGUAGCGGCACUCCAUCCUUAAGAGACGUCGUCCACGGCGUCAUGAAAAUCUUUCAUCACGAGAAAGAAUCCGAAGCUCAUCAAAUAUUUCGUCAACAAGUUGGACAUCAGCCCAAGGCCGCCCUAGGCCUUCCUCAGACUAUCAACCCUGAUGAGGAGACCGUCCCUGGUAUCGAGCACCCUGGCAGUACGGGUGUUAUUUACUGUUCAGAUCGUGCCAUAGCGAAUGGCUUCAACUAUGCUAAUUCCCAUGAAUGGGCAAACUUGGGCCAGGGUGCCCCGGAGGUAGGCCCUAUCCCAAAUGCCCCACCCCGCCCACAGAAUAUUCCCUUGCCUGUGGAUUCUUUGGAAUAUGCCCCCACAACGGGUGUUAAAGCCCUUCGUGAAGCAGUAGCGAACCUUUACAACGAUAAUUAUCGUAAAGGCAAAGCAAGUCAGUAUACAUAUGAAAAUGUCUGCAUUGUACCCGGUGGACGUGCGGGGCUCUCUCGUGUCGCGGCUGUCAUUGGGGACGUUUAUUGUUCAUACCAGGUUCCAGAUUAUACCGCCUACGAUCAAGUUCUGAGUGCAUUUAAGCGACUCGUACCUGUUCCCACCGCAUUGGAUCCCAAGAAUAAAUACCGUCUUGAUAUCGAACAAACCAAGAAAGAUAUCCUCACUCAAGGCCUCGCUGUCGUCAUUGCUUCGAACCCGAGGAAUCCGACAGGGCAAGUAAUUGCUGGCAAAGAGCUCAAAGAGCUCGUUUCGCUCAGCCGGGAGAACACAACGAUCAUUCUUGAUGAGUUCUACUCCUGGUACAUAUACUUCGACAGUGAGAAAGACAUUGGAAAGAGUGUCUCUUCUGCCGAGUAUGUCGAGGAUGUAAAUAGUGAUUCUGUAGUUAUCAUUGACGGGUUGACCAAGAACUGGCGCCUCCCAGGUUGGCGUGUCUGCUGGGUCAUCGGGCCCAAGAACCUCAUCACCGCACUUUCGCAAUCGGGUUCAUUCCUUGAUGGGGGUGCGAAUCAUCCCAUGCAGCUUGCAGCCCUCCCACUCCUUGAGCCAGAGCGUGUCAAGUUAGAGAAGACGGCCCUCCAAAGACACUUCAAAGCCAAGCGGGACCACGUACUGAAGCGCUUGCACGCACUCCAUUUGGACGUAGACGUUCCUCCACAAGCGACGUUUUACAUUUGGUUGAACUUGGAGAAGUUGCCCCCUCCGCUCAACAAUGGUUUGACCUUCUUUGAAGAGCUCCUGAAAGAGCAAACGAUCGUGAUUCCGGGUAUCUUCUUCGACAUCAACCCGGCGCACCGUAGGAAUCUGUUCAACAGCCCGUGUCAUCACUACGUGCGGUUGUCGUUUGGGCCGCCUAUCGCGGAUUUAGACAAGGGUAUCGACGCCAUCGGUAGGGUGGUUGCUGCUGCAAGACUGGGGGGCACGAGGAAGAUGGGACACAGCUAUAAGAAAAGCUUAGAGAGCAGCUCUGGAAUCAACGUCUAA